AUGGAGGUAAGCAGGGAAGGGGAUGGGGGGAUGGUGGGAGGGGACGGGGGGGACGCUAGGAGGGGGACGGGGGAAAGGAGGGAAGGGCGCGGGGGAAGCAGGGAAGGGGAUGGGUGGGAGCAGGGACAGGGAAGGGGAUGGGGGGAAGCAGGGAAGGGGAUGGGGGGAAGCAGGGAAGGGGAUGUGGGGGAAGAGGGAAGGGAUGGGGAGGGGGAUGGGGAGGUGACGGAUGGGGAGGUGAGGGAUGGGGAGGUGACGGAUGGGGAGGUGAGGGAUGGGGAGGUGACGGAUGGGGAGGUGAGGGAUGGGGAGGUGACGGAUGGGGAGGUGAGGGAUGGGGAGGUGACGGAUGGGGAGGUGAGGGAUGGGGAGGUGACGGAUGGGGAGGUGAGGGAUGGGGAGGUGACGGAUGGGGAGGUGAGGGAUGGGGAGGUGACGGAUGGGGAGGUGAGGGAUGGGGAGGUGAGGGAUGGGGAGGUGAGGGAUGGGGAGGUGACGGAUGGGGAGGUGACGGAUGGGGAGGUGACGGAUGGGGAGGUGACGGAUGGGGAGGUGAGGGAUGGGGAGGUGACGGAUGGGGAGGUGACGGAUGGGGAGGUGACGGAUGGGGAGGUGAGGGAUGGGGAGGUGACGGAUGGGGAGGUGAGGGAUGGGGAGGUGACGGAUGGGGAGGUGAGGGAUGGGGAGGUGAGGGAUGGGGAGGUGAGGGAUGGGGAGGUGACGGAUGGGGAGGUGACGGAUGGGGAGGUGAGGGAUGGGGAGGUGACGGAUGGGGAGGUGAGGGAUGGGGAGGUGACGGAUGGGGAGGUGACGGAUGGGGAGGUGACGGAUGGGGAGGUGAGGGAUGGGGAGGUGACGGAUGGGGAGGUGAGGGAUGGGGAGGUGACGGAUGGGGAGGUGAGGGAUGGGGAGGUGACGGAUGGGGAGGUGAGGGAUGGGGAGGUGACGGAUGGGGAGGUGAGGGAUGGGGAGGUGACGGAUGGGGAGGUGAGGGAUGGGGAGGUGACGGAUGGGGAGGUGAGGGAUGGGGAGGUGAGGGAUGGGGAGGUGAGGGAUGGGGAGGUGACGGAUGGGGAGGUGACGGAUGGGGAGGUGACGGAUGGGGAGGUGAGGGAUGGGGAGGUGACGGAGGGAGGUGGGGAGGUGACGGAUGGGGAGGUGACGGAUGGGGAGGUGACGGAUGGGGAGGUGAGGGAUGGGGAGGUGACGGAUGGGGAGGUGAGGGAUGGGGAGGUGACGGAUGGGGAGGUGAGGGAUGGGGAGGUGAGGGAUGGGGAGGUGAGGGAUGGGGAGGUGACGGAUGGGGAGGUGACGGAUGGGGAGGUGAGGGAUGGGGAGGUGACGGAUGGGGAGGUGAGGGAUGGGGAGGUGACGGAUGGGGAGGUGACGGAUGGGGAGGUGACGGAUGGGGAGGUGACGGAUGGGGAGGUGACGGAUGGGGAGGUGACGGAUGGGGAGGUGACGGAUGGGGAGGUGACGGAUGGGGAGGUGACGGAUGGGGAGGUGACGGAUGGGGAGGUGAGGGAUGGGGUAGGCUCCGCGAGCGGCUUGGGGCAAUCUGGAGGGGAUUGUGAUGGCGCUGUGGACGGGAGAGUGAUGGCGCUGGGACAGAGAAUGGGAGGGCGUUGGGGAUGGGUCGUUACCUGGAAAUGGGAUGAGUGUGAGGGAAUGCGAUGGCGCCGGGGUAGAGAGUGUGAGAGCGCUGUGGGAGAGAAUAUGAGGGCGCUGUGGGAGAGAAUAUGA